ACAGCUCUACUCUCAUCCGCUCCAUCGCUGAUCAUCGCGGCCAUCCUGGCUCUGACCUCUAUCUACCACAGCUGGAGCUGCGGUCCACAAACACCACGAGUCCAGAUGUCUUCCUACGUGUCCUCCGAGUCCCGCCGGGUCAGCCCCUCUGUCCACGGCAACAAGUUCGCCACGGCGCACCGUAAGAAGGCCGCGGCCAACAUCUUCGAGAACGUGAACCAGGACGCCGUGAUGAGGCUCUUCCAGAAAACCGGAGACAUGAAGGCGGAGGAGAGGGUGCGGAGCAUCUUCUCCUACACGCAGGACCCGGAGGAGACGGCCCGGGCCCUGAUGGCGCUGAAGCAGCGGAAGAAGGACAAGUUCCUGCGCAUCGCGGGGAUGCUGCGGCAGCUGCUGAAGCUGCGCUGACCUCCGGCUCCGGAGCCUGGUCUCUACAUGUCGGCUCUGACCGGAGCCGAGUGAGGAACAAUCCCGAUGGGACUCCGCAUGGAGGGCGGCGUCAGGCGCCCAGAGGAGCGCGCGCCGCGCCGUGCCGCGCGGAGGAGCAGCCGCUGCGCCCCGGAUGGAGGAGCUGCAAGCAGGAGCUCUGCUGAGGGCUGAUGGAGCAGCAUGUCUGAGGGGACAGAGCAGGGCUGUGCAGCCUGCAGGAGGAGCAGCAUCCCGCGGAUGCUGCGGAGCAUCACAGCCGCACUGGGACACUUCAUGGUGCCAAGAACCUGAAAGACUGAAAACAGCUUUUCUUUGCUCUCAGCUUCACUGUAUGAAAGCCACCGGUCUGUGGCCACAAUGUCAAACUUUUAUACUUUGGUAACAUUCCUUUGAAAAACAAAAUAAAUGUUUG